AUGAGUGAAGCUGCUCCCGUUCAUGACCCGCGCGAGCCGCGCUUCCCCGUGAUCGUGAAGCAUCCGGGCUUCGAGGAUGUGAAGGCUAACUUCAACGCGGGUGAUUACUCGCGGUGGUUGAGCAUCAGCGCCUUCUCGCUCCCUGCUGGUUACAUUUUCGGAUUGAAACUGCACCGUCACGUGGCUGUGCCGUCCAUGGUGGUUACGGGCGUGCUGGGUUCGCUCGGAGGCUUUUUGUGGGCCUUUCAGAACUCGUCGUUCCGUCUACAGGGUUACAAGGCCAACCCGAUGGAGGUCAAGCAGUACAUCACCAGCAAGGACGGUUGA